CCGGCACCGGUUUGAAGGAACAUGGGGCUGUAUCGGCGGUGGCGGCCCUUCUGGCUCCGGCUCUCGCGAUCACAAGCCUGCGAGUUGCACACGGUGCGUGAGGCAUCCCUGCCUUCCCCUCCAUAUUGGUUGACCGAGAGGUUUGGCCUUUUUGAGGAGCUGUGGGAAGCUCAGGUAAAGAGGUUGGCAAACACGGCACAGAAGGAACCCCGGACUAUUAAGAUUUCACUUCCUGGAGGCCAGAAAGUGGAUGCUGUGGCCUGGAAUACAACCCCUUAUCAACUAGCCCAGCAGAUCAGUUCUACAGUGGCUAAUACUGCAGUGGCUGCUCAAGUGAAUGGAGAACUUUAUGAUCUGGAGCGGCCCUUGGAGACAGAUUCUAAUCUCAGAUUUCUGACAUUUGACUCCCCAGAAGGGAAAGCGGUGUUCUGGCACUCCAGCAGCCAUGUUCUGGGAGCAGCCGCCGAGCAGCUUCUGGGUGCUCUUCUCUGCCGGGGCCCAAGUACAGAAUAUGGUUUCUACCAUGAUUUUUUCCUGGGAAAAGCUCGGACAGUCCGUGGCUCGGAGUUGUGUGUCCUGGAGCAGAUUUGCCGGGAGAUGGCAGCUGCUUCACAACCAUUCCGGAGGCUGGAGGUGUCUCGGGACCAGCUGCAGCAGCUCUUCAAGGAUAACCCCUUUAAGCUUCGUCUGAUCGAGGAGAAAGUGACAGGCCCAACAGCAACAGUGUAUGGGUGUGGCAUGUUGGUCGACUUUUGCCGGGGCCCCCACCUUCGGCACACUGGACAGAUUGGAGGGCUGAAGCUCCUAACGAACUCAUCCUCCUUGUGGAGGUCCUCAGGGGCUCCAGAGACACUGCAGAGAGUGUCAGGCAUUUCCUUUCCCACAGCAGAGCUGCUGAGGGACUGGGAAGCACGAAAGGAAGAAGCAGUCUUGCGGGACCACAGACGCCUUGGGAAGGAACAGGAGCUCUUCUUCUUCCACGAACUGAGCCCUGGGAGCUGCUUCUUCCUGCCACGGGGAACAAGGGUGUAUAAUGCCCUGGUGGCUUUUAUCAGGGCUGAAUACACCCGCCGUGGGUUCUCAGAGGUGAAAACUCCCACACUGUUCUCUACAAAACUCUGGCAACUGUCAGGCCACUGGGAGCAUUAUAAGGAAGACAUGUUCACACUGCAGCCCCCAGGCACAAACAGGGCUGCCAGCACCCAGAGCGACCCCCCUGCCGGGCUUCCCACAGACACACUGGCCCUCAAGCCCAUGAACUGCCCUGCACACUGCCUAAUGUUCGCACACCGGCCCAGAUCUUGGCGGGAGCUGCCUGUUCGCCUGGCUGACUUUGGAGUCCUGCAUCGAGCAGAAGCCUCGGGCAGCCUGGGAGGGCUGACCCGGCUCUGGCGCUUCCAGCAGGACGAUGCACAUAUCUUCUGUGCGCCAGAUCAGCUGGAAGCAGAGAUCCAAGGCUGUCUUGAUUUCCUCCGCUCUGUGUAUCAAGUCCUUGGCUUCUCCUUCCGCCUGGCAUUAUCCACCCGGCCAUCUGACUUCCUGGGAGAGCCCAGCCUUUGGGAUCAGGCUGAGCAGAUCCUUCAGCAGGCCCUGGAGGAAUUUGGAGAACCCUGGGACCUUAAUCCUGGAGAUGGUGCCUUCUAUGGGCCAAAGAUUGAUGUACGCCUCCACGAUGCCCUUGGCCGCCCCCAUCAGUGUGGGACAAUCCAGCUCGACUUCCAACUACCCCUGAGAUUCGGCCUCCAGUAUAAGGGGCAGGCGGGGGCCCCCGAGCAUCCGGUCCUCAUCCACCGAGCAGUGCUUGGGUCUGUGGAAAGGCUGUUGGGAGUGCUGGCGGAAAGCUGUGGGGGGAAAUGGCCACUGUGGCUGUCCCCGUUCCAGGUAGUGGUCAUCCCUGUGGGGCCUGAGCAAGAGGAGUAUGCCCGGCAGGUACAGCAGAGUCUUCAGGCUGCAGGACUGGCCAGUGAUCUGGACGCAGACUCCGGAGUGACCCUCAGCCGCAGAGUCCGCCGGGCCCAGCUCGCCCACUACAACUUCCAGUUUGUAGUUGGCCAAAAAGAGCAGAGUAAGAGAACAGUGAACAUUCGGACUCGCGAUAAUCGACGGCUCGGGGAGUGGGACUGGACUGCGGCUGUGCACAGGCUGCUGGAGCUGCAGAACACCAGGGUCCCUAACGCUGAAGACAUUUUCUGAGGCUUUGUAUGUAGAUGAAGCAGAGACCCAUUAGCUUCCCUCCCACAGGAGACCCCAACACCACUGAGUUUCCUGAACCCUCACAACUGUGGGUCUCUGCUCCCUUGAAGAAUGAACUUGGUUUGGCGACUCCACAGAGGGAGGGAAGCCCUACUGUUUGGAUGUGAGGAGAAUGAAAUGAAAAGAAAUCAACUAGCAAGUGUGCAGUCCUGAGUUCAAACCCCAA